UUGCGGCGACGACGACUGCGACCGCGACAAGCAACGACUACGACGGCGGAUCGAUUUUUUCGGUUUUCGACGGUCGGACGGUGACGGCGGCGCUGGCGUGUGUGUGGAUGUGUGAUGGCGCGCGUACGGUCUACGGCGGACAACGGCGGCGGCGUCGGUGGCCUAGACCGAGACGCCGCCACGGCCGCCUGAGCCCGAGUGGUAGUUCGUAGUCGACACCAGUCGUAGUACCGGUGUGCACGCGACCACACGCACCCAAACGCGCGUCGGGGCCGGCCGUGAUAGGGAUUCGCGCGCACUGAUCACCGACAAAGACCCGGGGCCGCGUCCGGAUCCGUUAUUAUUGUUUAUUUUUUUUUUUACAUUUCAAUUACUUCCGGUUAGUAAUUAUUACUCUGAUUUACGACGACCGUUUUACGUCAGCUGCACGAUCGUUUAUGGUCCGCGUGAAACGAGCCGGUCGACGGAGCUCGUUCUAAUAAAUGACAUCGAACAUCGUACAACCCGACGGACGCGAUGAGAACGUCUCAGUCGAUGCCGAAAACGUAUGCCACGUGAAAUUCUAUACGAGAACGUCGAGGGAACACGAUCACCACCGAUCGUCAGUGCCGUGCAACGAUGAAACGGGAACAGGUGACUUGGUCCGACGUCGGCCGUUAUCAAAGUCUGAYUUCGACCUCAGCUAUCCCGAGGAUUUGGAUUAUUUGUGCAAGAAAUUUGCGGCCGCGGAACGACGGCAUGUCACCAUGGACAGUUUCGCAUCRUCGUCGUCGCCGAGCACGCCGGGCGCCGGUCAAGGGUGCUGUCCGUCCGCAAUCAAUUCGUCUUCCUGCGCCACCGCCACCGCCCAGUCCACUAUACAGAGCAUCAACGUGGUGCAAAAGACCCAUUCCUUCUUCAAUUCCUUGAAGAAUCGGUGGUUUCCAAAUGAGGAGAAAUGGGCCAAAGGGAGAAAUAAAGCACGAGGCUCUGACACUGACGAGUCACCCUCUGAAUCUCCUAUACUUUCUAGACUAGUCCGUCCAGAUACUUUACAACAAACUAAGUCUUCAGACUCAAAAAAUACUCAAAAUUCAAUUACUAGUGAAUUUGGAUUGACUCAGAAUUGGUUCCAGAAAGUUGUUUCACGCGACCAUCAAAUYCGGCUCCGGAGACAAAAUUCAAUAAGAUCUGAACAACAAAUAGAUUUGGCUACACCAGAAGGCCAAAAUCCAAUUCAAAAUGAAGCUUUGCUCAGAAAAUAUGACUUUUUUCAACUCAAAAUACAUUUGAAAAAAGGAAAAGAUCUCAUUGCUCGAGAUAAAAAUGGUCUCAGUGAUCCCUAUGUGAAAUUUAAGAUAGGUGGAAGACAGAUUUACAAAUCAAAAACUGUGUAUAAAAGUCUGAAUCCAACUUGGGACGAAACGUUUACACACCUACUAGAUGAUCCUUUUGAAACAAUUCAAAUAAAGAGUCUUCAAAAAACUGCAAAAGUAACGGAAAUAGGUAGGAAGUACAAAUGUCAAGUUUGGAGUUCAGUAGUAACAAUUGUUUUGAUUAAAAUAAAAAACUGUACAAUACCUGAAGGUCUAUGUGACCCAUAUGUUCGUUUUAGAUUAGGAGGAGAAAAAUUCAAGAGCAAAGGUAGUAAUCGAAUUCCAACGCCUACUUGGUUGGAACAAUUUGAUUUACAUUUGUUUGACGAUCAGACUCAAGAACUAGAAAUAAACGUGUGUGCGAAGGAACGUUCACGUGAAGAAAUACUAGCAAGCACCGUCAUGGACCUGAGUAAAUUGGAACGGGAAAAAACGCACAAAAUCAAAUACAAACUCAACGCCGGCGGCGGCGGUGACGAUUGCGGAAGCGGAGACCAUCAUCAGAACCGCGACGCUUCCGGUGCAGGUGGUGGAGGCGUACUGUACCUGUUGCUGACCAUCAGCGGCACRUCGACGAUCGCGAUGGURUCAGAYUUGUCCAACUACGAGAGUGAAAUCACGGAACAGGAGCACAUCCGGCAGAAGUACUCGGCCAGCCGGACGUUUUGCGAUYUACUCGACGUCGGCGUGCUCACGGUCCGCGUGUACAAGGCCCUAGGGCUGACUUCCGCUGACCUGUGCGGCAAGUCAGACCCGUUUUGCGUGCUCGAGCUGGUCAACGCUCGAUUGCAGACGCACACAGAAUACAAAACGUUGGCGCCCACGUGGGACAAGAUAUUUACUUUGUGA